AUGAAGUAUUUAACUUUUAAUAGAAACAGUAGAGAUGCAAUUGAUUUAAAUGAAAAAUUAGAAGCAACUAAAAUAGACUUAUCUAAUCCUUUGUUAUUACAAUAUAAUUGGGUUAUAUGGGAACAAGUAUCAGAUAACAAAAUUAAGCAGAGCAAUAAUUAUAAGGAUUAUACAAGACCAUUAGCUAAAUUUAAUAGUGUUCAGAAGUUUUGGCAACUCUGGAAUAGGUUACCCCAGCCAAGUGACUUGCUUACUCAGAAGAGUAUGACAAGGUUAUCAGAAGAUGGAAUUUUUCGAAUUGUUGAUGCUCUCAUGAUAUUUAGAGACAAUAUUCAGCCUAUGUGGGAAGAUCCAGCUAAUUCUGAAGGAGGUCACUUUGAGUACAAAAUAUUGCCUAAAGAUUAUCCAUAUAGCCAAAUAGAUGAAUUCUGGAAUAAUAUUGUUUUAGCAGUUAUUGGAUGUAAUUUGAAGCAUUAUGAUCUAAUAACUGGAAUUAGAUUAGUAGAUAAAUUAAAUAUAGCACGCUUUGGUUAUAUAAGAAUAGAAAUAUGGUUUACUGAAAUAAAUGAUGAAAAUGUUAAAAAUCAAUUAAGAAAGGAACUUGAAGAGCAUAUGUGUGCUCGUAUCGAUGGUUCAUAUAUUUUCCCACCAAGGUCAAAAACUCUUAGUCACGCUAAUAGAUAA